AUGGCUAAUUCAAAUCAGUCAGAUAUUUAUCAAACUAAUCAAAGUCAACUAACCAAUUCAAAUCAAUCGAAUAUUCAUCAAACUAAUAAAAGUCAACUAGACAUCGCAACUAUUUUAACAUUCCCCAUAGAUCAUUGGCGCAUUUUGUUAAUACUCUUCGCAGUUUCUUUGAUAAAUAAUCAAAUCGUACAAGUGUUGAAGAUUUGUUUCAAGUUUACUGUUAAAAAAUGGUGCUUAUCUAAACGGAGAACACUUCGAAAUGCUGGCGAAUGGGCAGUUGUCACUGGUGCAUCAUCAGGUAUUGGUGAAGCGUAUGCAGAGGAAUUGGCCAAAGAGGGUCUCAACAUCAUGCUUAUCAGUAAUGAUGAAGAACAACUAUCAGACGUUGCUAAUCGAAUCGUGAAUACCUACAAUGUUCAAACACGAAUUGUGGUUGCAGAUUUUACAAAAAAUGAUGUUUAUGAAAUAAUAAGACCUGCUGUUGACCAAUUGUCCACAAUAGCUUGUUUAGUUAACAAUGUUGGCAUGGGAUUACCCUUUGAGUUGUUUGCUGGAGAAGUCGAUUCACCGAAUGAAGAAUCAAUCAGAAAUAUCAUUCGUUGUAACAUUUUGUCUACAGUAAUAAUGACAAGCAUCAUUCUGCCGAAAAUGUUAACACAGAAGGGACCUAAUCCUGGUAUCAUAAACAUUUCCUCCUAUUCAGCUUUGAAAGUGUUUCCUUAUGCUACAAUGUACUCAUCAACGAAAGCAUUUAUCAUGCAUUUCUCUAGAUGUCUGGCUGCCGAAAAGUAUCAAAAGAAUGUUAUUAUACAAACGAUUUGUCCACUACGUGUAUCUACAAAUAUGACCAACUCAAUGAAAACCACAUUUUUCAUUCCAACUGCUAAAGUCUAUGCUAAAAAUGCAUUGGAUAUGUUUGGUGUUGAACAACAGACUACUGGUUAUUUUCGACAUGAUAUUAAAGCAUAUCUUUACGACUUAUUACCUGCAAUAAUUUCUGAACAAAUCAUGAAACCAAAAGCCAUUUCACAACAAAAUAAAGCGUGA